AUGGAAAAGCCCUCCACAAUGUUGAUCGAGCAGUUACAAAGCGUCCACUCUCGUCAACGGAAGGUCAUUCAACAACUUCAGGCAGAUAACGCUAGAUUACUCAGCGAUCUCGUUGAGAUUCGUCGGGAGAGAGACUCUUUCCGAGCGGAGGCUGCGAAGCUUCGCAAGGAGCAGGCAGAACUGCACAACCGACUGGAUGAAACGUUAUCAGAGUAUCAAGAUUUGAGGCGGGAGCGUCUCACUCUUUCUCGCGCAUUCAGC